UCCACCGACCAGCUGGCCAGAUCUUGAAGAAACUUCCAUAGCGAGCCCCAUUAGUUUUUACAGGAUGACACUUCUGAACUACCCUGUUCCAGAGCUGGAUGUCACCUUGCAGGAGGUGAGCCGUAUUCUGCAGCUCACUCUCAGCCCAGAUCUUUACAAAGAGUUCAAAAGUACGCUGGAACAGCAGAGGGAGGUCCUUGAGGGGGCUCAUCGGAAAUUUACAGCUAUCGCUGCAGGACAAGAGAAUUGGGUGACGCAGCAGUUCAAGAGAGGUUUGCUGUCUUGUUUUGACCCCCUGCCCACCUCGACAGCCCUCCCGACUGUUCUUCCUCCUUCUAAAGCGAAGACAUGCACCCAGCUGGGAAGAGCAGCAGCUCUGCUCUGGGCCGCAGCAAAGCUGCACUGCGAGCCCCUUUUAUUGGAAGGCAAUGCUCCCAUAGAGCACACCCAGCAGUCUGAAGCAUUCACUGCCAGCCGUAUUCCAGGAAGGAAUCAAGACGAAAUUAAGGUUUACCCGGAUAGCCUCCAUGCUAUCAUCACCUGUGCUGGGGGUGUGUUUCCUAUUGACGUCCUGCAGCGCCCCAGCACUGGCGGACCGGUUUCUGCGCGGCCAUUUAUGGACAUCUACAACCAGCUGGCUCAAGUGAUUAAUCAGCCCAGUCCAGGGAAACAGAAUGAUCCCACUGUCAUUUGCAGAUUUUCAGCUCUGGAGCGCAAAUCCUGGGCUGCCAUCAGGGAAGAGAUCCUCAAGCAAGGAGGAGAAGCAGUUGAAUCACUGCAGCUGAUGGAGAGUGCUGUGCUUGCUCUCUGUCUGGAAGAUUGCAAUGCACCUCCUGAACUGGCAGAUGUCCUCAAUGCUGUUAGGCUGGGAGGAGGAGGAGAUAGUCCAUGUCUGAGAUACUAUGACAAGGUAAUGAACCUUGUGGUGUUCAAAGACGCCACAGCUGGGAUGAUGUUCGAGCACAGUGCUGUAGAUGGGAUGGUGGCUGCUCUUGUGUCUGAAUGCAUGUACCAUCUCUCUGAGACUGUUGAGCUAAACCUUGUCCAAAAUGACAAUGAAAACAUGCCCAAGUCUGUCACAGUAAACAAUGUCAAUUCUGUUUGUUCAACUGCCUUGAACUUCCCCUUGCAAGGAGUCAGUACAGCCCAGCAGAGUCCUGACCUAACAGUAGACAAUCCAGUUCUCACUUUUGAUCUGCCAUCCUAUCCUGAUGUGUUUUCUACUCUUAGAGGUCAGAGAGGUCUAUAUGAUGCUUGGGUUAAUUUCUCCUUGCAGCUUUCUCUGAGGCAGACGCUGGGGGAAUCUGCUUUCGAUCACAUUCUGGUCACACCAACUCAUAUGCGGCACUACAAACAUGGUCGUUGUGAUCCUACAUAUUCUAUCACCACGCAGUCUCGCAAGUUAGUAAGUGCCUUGGUAUCCCACCUUCAUCCAGAUAACACAAUCCAGUACACUGCUGACCUACUACAGCUGUUUCAUGUUGCAUUUAUGGAGCAUAAGAACAUCAUCAGAAGCACUAAACUUGGCCACGGUGUUGGUCCCCACCUCGCUGCCCUACGUCGAUCUUUGCCAUCUGACAAUCCACUGAAGAAGUUCCUGGACCCUUUUGCAUGUCCAUCAGUGUACCUCACAGGUGUGGAUCUGAUGGAAGGUGUGGAGUGUGGAGUAGGGAAUGUUUAUUCCCAAGAUCAGCUAGCCGUAACCUACCUUGGGAAGAGGGACAAGGUGCGCAUCAUGCUUAAUGGCAAAGGGAGCUUUGCUUUAGCUCUGGAGAAGCUUCGAGAAAACCUUAAGACGAAUUUGAAGUUAGUGAUGCUUUUGGCAGUUAGAUAUGCCAUUGCAAGCCAAAUGGGAGCCCUUGAGAACCUAUUCCAAAAAGGUCAGACAGAGCAGAACCUUCACUGCACAGAGAGUUCAAACAAGAGCAAAAACUCUGGCAUGCUUCCAGACUACACCUUGGUGAUUCAUGGUGGUGCAGGAGAAGAUAUGAUGCUGAACAGCAAGGUGACAGAUAUAAUUGAGUUUGCUCUACAAACAGCCUUAUCCCUCGGGUCCCAAGUGCUUCAAGGUGGUGGCAGUAGUCUGGAUGCAGUUCAGAGGUCAGUGGAAGCGUUGGAAGACUGCUUCUUGUUCAAUGCAGGUAAAGGCGCAGUGCUUAACAAAGAUGGCAAAGUUGAAAUGGAAGCAACUAUUGCAGAUGGCAGUGCAAUGAAGUCAGGAGCUGUUGCUUGUCUGAAGAGUGUAAAAAACCCAAUUAAAGCAGCUAGAUGUGUAAUGGAAAAUAGUUCACAUGCACUGAUUGUGGGUGAGGGGGCAGAGGAGUUUUUUCAAGGGUUGGAAGAGAAAGGCAAGGCUGUAGGGCCAGAGUAUUUCUACACUGACAUACGUCAAAAAGAGUUACAUGCAAAACUCAAUAGUGGGAAUACCUCAAAAAGUAACCACCCUCAGACAGUUGGAGCUGUUGCCUUGGAUCGCUGGAAUGGAUUGGCUGCUGCAUCCUCCACAGGUGGGUUAGUGGGAAAACUUAAGGGGCGAGUUGGGGAUACAGCUGUUGUUGGGGCAGGAAUAUAUGCUGAUGAUAAGAUAGCUAUUACCUGCUCUGGAGAUGGAGAUGUUUUUCUGAGGAACAGUGUGGCACAGAAAAUAGCCAGUCUAUACCACAGCAAAGGCUACAGUCUUAAGCAAGCUUGUAGGGAAGUGAUGGCUGAAAACCUGAACGGCACUUGUGCAGGAAUCAUUGCUGUAGACAACAAAGGGGAGGCUGUCAUUGAAACAAAUGCUGCUGUAAUGUUUGUGGCUUCAAUGACUGGAGGGAUUUCCCGAGUAGAUGUUCUGAGGCCUAUGAGGAGCUUCUCUAAUGUGAUCUGGGAAAAAGAUGACCUGGUUGCCUACCUGAAUCCCAAGCCCUGGAUCCCUGGGUCAACCAUUUUGACAAGAAAAACUCUUAAUGGUGCAAGCAGCCUUUUCCACUUGCCCACACCUGAUUUCAUUGCCAUGCUACAAGGAGCAAAAGCUGUAUCAAACUUGCUAUGUGAGAGACUUGGAGUGCAGCGGUGUGCCAUGGUUUUCAAUCCAACCCCUGAUAAGCCAGCCCAAAUCAGACUACUCCCACUCCAUGGCUUAGAGCCAAAGUGGGAGUGCUGUCUUGCUAGUGAGGAGGAAUUCCAUGGUCACAAUACUGGGUACUGUACUUCGAAGAAUGGCCCUCGCUGGGCUGAUGAAGAGCUGGUUGAUGUUCAAGCCAAGAUCAGAAGUGCACUGCCAACACCAAACGCACCCUUUUGCUUUGACUACUUUGGUGACCCUUCAAAUGGCAACCUGUUCAGCCGUAUUGUACGUGGAGAGCAGCAACAGUGGAGAGUCUGGGAAGACAGUGAGCAUGUUGCCUUCCUGACACCGUAUCCAAACAGGCCUGGAAUGACUGUUGUGGUACCACGAAAACCACUGUCCAGUGAUAUCUUCAGACUGGAUGAAGCUGACUACACAGCACUGAUCUUAGCCACUCAUAAAGUUGCCGGGCUUUUGGAAAAGGGAAUGAAAACUCCAAGUGUUGCACUGAUCUUUGAGGGAUUUGAAGUUGACCAUGCUCAUGCCAAGCUGAUCCCAUUGCUACCUUCACCAGACGGCACUAAAGCUGUUGAACUCCAGUCGGAAAACUUCCACAGCUACCCUGGAUUUGUGUCAUCGCUAGAUGGCCCACCUGCUGAAUCGGAAACCCUCAAAAGUAUCCACACAAAGAUUACCCAGUGCAGUGCUCCUCGUUCAUGGGAGGACCCUCAGUCUCACUCCACACUUGCUAUCAAAAACCAGUGGUAUCGCAACUUGUUCCAGAUUCAAAACAAUCUAUUCCACACCACAGUGGAAUAUUUUCACAGUUUCCGCCAGUUCUCCUACGCUCUGACUCCACUCACCACUGACACCAUUUCCUCACCAAUGGGCCUAGGAUCUGACUCAGAACCAGUGUCUGUUGACCUGCUGGGGCAGCAAGUUUACCUGGCCGACUCAAUGCAGUUUGUACUUGAAUACUUCCUACGCUUCCAAGAGAACCUUCCAGGGACCUACUACAUAGCCCCCAGCUUUAGAGGGGAAGACCCAGAUGCCACACAUUUGAACCAGUUCUACCAUGUGGAGUGUGAACUGCUUGGUGACAUGGAUGAUGCAAUCGCCACUGCAGAGGGAUACUUGGCUCAUCUCACCAAGUCCAUGUUGAAGAAACACUCAGAUAUCAUCCUGAACACUGCCGGGACCGUUGAGCACAUCACAGCCUUGCUGAGCAAACUGGAAGGAAAAACUCCCCUGCCAAGAAUCCCCCUUGAUCAGGCCAUUCCCAUGAUGCCUUCUGCUGACUGCCUAGAGUGGGUUCAAGAUGGUCAGCCCCAUUUUGGCAGAAAGUUAACUCGGAAAGGAGAGAGGGUUUUGAUAGAGAAGUAUGGUGGUGCUGUUUGGCUGACUGAGAUGGACCACAUGGGUGUUCCCUUCUACCAGGCAUAUGUGGAGGGCAGUCAGCGGUCCAAGGCCAAAGCUGGGGACCUUUUGCUCGGGCUGGGUGAGACAGUGGGGCUUGGUGAGCGCCAUUCCACCCCUGAGAUGGUACAAGAGGCACUGAGGCACCACGAGGUGCCAGAAGAGUCCUACAAGUGGUACAUUAACAUGCGGCAGGUGAAGCCACUCCUGACCAGUGGAUGGGGCAUGGGGACAGAGCGCUACCUGUGUUGGCUUCUUCAGCAUGAUGAUGUCAGAGAUUUGCAUAUCAUACCUAGGAUGAAAGGAAUUAAGUACAUGCCCUGAUCAAAUCCAUCAUCAUGUUUCAGGCCAUUAGAUGUGAUAUAUUUGUAGCAAUCUGGCCAAAGAAGAGUAUACAAUAUGGGUUCUGAACUUGUGAGUGCAUCAGUGACGCUUGAUUUAAAACUUAGUUUUAGAGUCAAGAAAAAACUUGCUGUAGCCUUUAGCUUUAACUGCAGAUUGAAAGCUUUUCAUUUUUUUUUCCUGUUCGUAGACUAAGGACAUCUGUUUGAAAAGUAAAUCUAUACAUGUUAUAACAGGGGUCCGUUUCAUUUUUAGCUGUAAAAUUGCAGCAUCAAUGUCAUUUUUGAGUGACAAUGCCUUAAUUAUGAGAGUAGAACCUGAUAUGUUAUUCGUUUUUUUUUUUUAUUGAUUGAUUUUUCCAUGUUGAAAUAAUUAUUUACAAGGUAUCAGAUUUUGUAACCAAACAUAUCAUCGACUAUAAAAGCAAAUUCCCUCUAUUACUCCUAGAUACACUUGUCUUAUUCCUUUUUUCAUUUUUUUUUUUUUCAUAUAAGUGAUUGUUGUUGACAUCAUAUGAUUAAUGUAUCAAUGCUAUUUUAAUGAAGUGAAAAUAAUUUGUUGAAUAAAUACACUAUAUGAAUUCUAAACACCGAUCUGGAUGGUUUACUUACAAGUGUUCAUAUUCCAAAGAGAGAUGAAACAAUACAGCAGUUAAAUACCAGUGAACAUAUUCAUAGUCAUUGGA